UCCGGAUCAAAUCUUUUCACUGUCAGAAAUGCACAUUAUACUAAGGCCGUUUAUUUGGAUGAGCGAUUUAAGCUUUUAAUUUUAAAGGUAAACAAGAUUUUUAAAAGUUAACUGUAACGCAAAAAUCGAGGUGAAAAACAUUUUACUAAUGCAGAUGAAAUAGAACGGACCAGGAAAUGACAUGAUAAAGCGCAUCAAGAAGCGUGUAGCGAUGUAACAUAACAAAAUGGUGAAUACUUCAUUAAACUUGGAUUACUCUAGUGAAAAACAGAACGUGGAAGCUAUAAUUAAUACCUCUGUCUCCCAGGAAUACCUUCUGUGGCUGGCGAACGAGCGCCUGUAUCUCAUUAAUGUACCCACCAUCGUGUUCUACAUCAUCGCCAUUAUUGUGGGGAUAUUCGGAAAUUCGCUGGUGAUUUACGUGUUUCGAUUUCGUUUUAAGAAGACCACUGCCAAUAUAUUUAUUGUAUGUCUAUCUGCUUUUGACACAAUAACGUGCUUUAUGUUGAUUUUUGAAGUUUUUGACAAGCGCCUUCCUAUGUAUAGUGGAAACUACCCUGAAAUUUGCAAACUAGUGCGAUGUCUAGAAGUCUUUGCCAAUGGAGGGGCUAGUAUCAUUCUGGUAGGGAUAGCGUUUGACCGUUACUAUAAAAUAUGUAAACCAUUUAAGAGACUUUCAAUGAGGAGCGUGAGAAACUUAAUAAUUGGGACUGUGACAGUCAUGAUCCUUGUGAGCUGGCCUAUGGUAUUAUUUCAUGGAUCGGAGAUUGUAACCACAACAUAUCGGGAUAUUACGGGUAAAGACUGUGCGGAUGACGACAACUUUAAAGGAUCUGUGUAUCCGGGGAUUUAUUUCAUCAUCCUGUUUAUUUUUAUAAUUGCUUGUAUCGGUAUGAUUGUUGUUUUAUACUCGUUAAUUUUCGUAGCAAUUCUUAAAUGGAAGCACAGAAUUGUCGGGGAAGAAAUUCGAAUGGGAUCUUUGUCCGAAAGUAUCAAAACUGUAUCCUCUUAUUCACAGAAACAAAGAAGGCAAACAAAGGAGGAAGUUCUAAACCAAUGUGAAGAGAAGCCACCAUUUAGUAUCACAAAUACCAUGUUUAGCAAAAAUUUUAACCAUUCUUAUGCAUCAGAAGUUUGUGGGGACAGAACUGGGCAAACAUGCAUCGCACAAAAUGAGGAAAAUGAAAAUAAAAUGAAAGAAUUUACACUAAAAAAGAUAGGUGAAGCCACAGUAGAAAAUCAAUCCAGCUCAGCUGGAAUAGUGAAUAGAGGAUUCACGGAUUCUGAUAAAAAGACUGAAGAGGAAGUGUUAUCAGAUUUGACUAAAACAGUGUCCUGUCUAACAGUCAACAAUUAUACUGAAAAUAAUAGGUCUAAAACAAGCAUAUCUAACGAAAUAAUUAUAGAAAACCCAACAGACGAGGCUGAUAAACAGCCUAAACAAGACUAUGUCAUUAACGGGUCUAUGAGUAUCGACGAAAGCAAAAUUAAACUGAAAUAUAAAGUGAAAUUUCUAAACUUUAGAACCAAACUUCGGCGGCAUGGAAGCAAGUCCGACGUCCGAAUUAGUGCUACGACUGUUGUUUUUAGUUUGAUAGCCCUUUUGUACGUUUUGAGUUACAUUCCAACUAUAGUUGUGGAAAGCAUCAACGCAAUCGACCCUCUAAUCGAAGAAAACUUGUCUGAUACUACAAGAAAAGUUGUGGUCAUGGCAAACUCGGCCUACUUCAUGAACGGAGCCUUUAACCCAUUAAUCUAUGGGCUCUUCAACAAAGCUUUCAGGGAUGAACUUCUUUUAAUGGUAAAAGGAAAUCCAAAAUAACUUCGACACCAACGACAUUUAUAUGUACAUGUUUAACAAAAUUGAAUCUGUCUCAAAGAUUUGAAAUUAAAUUAAAUGAAACAUGGCUUAUAAAUCCAUAUA